CCCUGCUCGCAACCAUUCCCGCUAGGCACUAGUUACCACAGUCACAACGUCCUAAAGGCUAUGUAGUCCUAAUUUAAGGUUAGGGUUAGGCUUAAGGUUAGUCGUGUGGUUAGGGUUAGGUUUAAAUUCAGAUGUUAGGAAGAUAAAUGGUAGAAAUGGGCGUGGUUUAGCCGUCAUUAUGACUUUGUGGCUGUGGUAACUAGUGACGACCCCCAUCAGGAGCCAUUUUGUACCCAGAUCAAUAACAUACAUGUAAACUCCGAUCUCUCGGCGCAGCGGUGGACUCUGCUAGUCUAGUAGAGCGCAAACCUGGAUUAUCUAUUAGCUAGACUACAUUUCAAACGGAAUCAGGACCAAACUUCGGAAAUGAUGAAUUUACUAGUGCACACGGGUUACUAAACAGUGUCUUUCUCUAACCGUCCCGCUAAGGUGUUGUGCCGCCACCGACACGCUGUGUUUAGAUGGAUCGGAGAAGCCAGUGGUUAUUGUGACUUCGGACUGAUGUCGGGACGAUAUCCGGUUUAAAUAUUCGCGACGGGAAAACAAGGAGAACGUCUUCCCUGUCUUCUAUCAAUACGAGAACAUCAUGGCUUUUUCCUGGCUGACUUGUUCGCUUCUCCUGGGAACUUUGUGUGCAGGCUGGGGCCAUGGCGAUGUGGAGACCAGAGAUUGUGUGUACUACAAUGAUAACUGGCGUACAGAGCGUACCAACCAGAGUGGUGUGGAGAGGUGUGAGGGGGAGAAGGAUAAACGACUACACUGCUACUCCUCCUGGCUCAACAUCUCAGGAACCAUCAAACUGGUGAAGAAAGGCUGCUGGCUGGAUGACUUCAACUGCUAUGACAGGCAGAAGUGUGUGUCCAUGGAAGAGAACCCCCAGGUGUUCUUCUGCUGCUGUGAGGGGAACUACUGCAAUGAGAGGUUCACACACCUGCCUGACCUCGUUGCCGCCGGCAACAGAGUGAAAAUCCGCCCCCCUCCCAGAGUGCCAUCUCUGUUGAAUAGCCUGGUGUUCAGUCUGCUAUCUCUGUGUGUUCUGUCUCUGACCCUGCUACUUGCCCUGUGGUUGUACCGGCAGCACAAACCACCCUACGGACAUCUUGACCUUCUUGAGGACCCUCGGCAAACCCCUCCCUCUCCCAUGGUGGGGCUGAAGCCUCUGCAGUUACUGGAGGUGAAGGCAAGGGGGCGCUUCGGCUGUGUGUGGAAGGCUCAGCUGAUGAGUGAAUAUGUGGCUGUGAAGGUCUUCCCUGUUCGGGACAAGCAGUCGUGGCAGAAUGAGAGGGAUAUCUUCCUGACUCCUGGUAUGAGACAUGAGAACCUGCUUCGUUACAUCGCUGCGGAGAAACACGGCAGCAACAUGGAGACGGAACUCUGGCUCAUCAUGGAAUUCCAUGAGCGGGGUUCGUUGACUGACCAUCUGAUGGACCGUACAGUGACCUGGUCUGAAAUGUGUCAUAUUGCUGAGACGAUGUCCCGUGGUCUGGCUUACCUCCAUGAAGACACAGCCAUCAACAAGGGAGAAGGCCCCAAACCCACCAUCGCACACAGGGACUUCAAGAGUAAGAACGUGAUGUUGAGACGUGAUCUGACAGCCGUCAUCGGAGACUUCGGUUUGGCCGUCCGGUUUGAGCCGGGGAAACCUCCAGGAGACACCCACGGACAGGUGGGUACGUGGCGUUACAUGGCCCCUGAGGUUCUAGAAGGGGCUAUAAACUUCCAGCGAGACUCCUUCCUGAGGAUCGAUAUGUAUGCUAUGGGGCUGGUGCUGUGGGAACUGGUGUCACGAUGCAUCGCCACAGACGGUACCGUAGGGGAGUUCAUGCUGCCGUUUGAGGAGGAGAUUGGCCAACACACGUCUCUACAGGAACUGCAGGAUGUGGUCGUUCACAAGAAGAUGAGACCGGUCUUCAAGGACACCUGGCUCAAACACCCGGGUCUGUCUCAGUUGUGUGAGACUAUAGAGGAGUGUUGGGACCAUGACGCCGAGGCUCGUCUCUCCGCCGGCUGUGUCGAGGAACGCAUCUCCCAGAUCGCCAGGACAACCGUCAGCACUACCUCAGACUGCCCAGUUGCCGUAGUAAUGUCGGUAACCGCCGCCGACGACCUACCCCCCCCAAAGAGUCCGGCACCUGAGUUCUGUGUUACUGUGACGUCAGAGCAGUGACGGCAUCACGGAACGAUGCUCCUGACUUUUCUAGCCUAAACUUUGAAACAACUUGAAUAUAACUGCUAUUUAUAUAUAGACUUGAUAUUGGGGUAUUAUUGUUUUUAAUUGUUUUUAAGACUUUUUUUAAAUGUUAUUUUGGUUCAAGUCUUCUCUUCUGUCCGUCUUGUGUGAUUUUCUCAGUGAAAACUACAGGACAGAAAUAAGCUAUAUGCUGGACAAAUGCCUCUCUUAAGACAUUAACUUGUAUUAAUCUUCUAUUCAGUCAAUACCUCAUGUUGUGUUUAGUGGGUUUGAUUAUUACCUCAUCCUGUCGUCUGGUCAAGAUGGCGGCCAGCCAAAGAAAAGCUAACCGUAUUCCAAACCUCUGACGUGACGAUGCACAACACACAGUCUGACCGACCGACCAUAUAUAUAUAUAUAUAUAUACACACACACACACACAGCCCAGACGAUAGACAUACACACUGUAGAUCCGCAGGACUCAUGUCCGAUGACCCACUAGACUGUUCCAACGUAUUUAUCUUCCUCGGGAUGAAGCGUGGCUCUUUACUCAGCGUUCUGUCGUCCAUCUUUGUUUGGCUAGGAACGCCUUUUUUAAAUAACGACACAGACACCUGACCCAACCCUCCAUAUAGCCUCAUCCAUCAGUGCUAUCCUGGAUCCUUGGGACGUCCCUACUCUAAACCCAGGGCCUAACAGUAGAGCAGCGUUGACUAGGGGGGGGGGGGGGCAAGAGGCCCGGACGCUACGCAGUAGUAGCCUUGGACGAACGGACUUGGAAAGGAUUAGGACAAAAUUAGACUUGUGGUUUUGGAUUGGAACUACGACAUCUCAGGAUUCCAGCCUAUUGGAACAUUUUUCUACACAUGUAGAGAAGCCAAGCUAUCAGGAAACAUCUUUUUAUCUGACAUUACUCAAUGAAAUCUGAAAUUGAAAUGUUAUACAUUCUGGAUGUAACUUUUUUUUUGUGCGUAUGUGUUUUGUACGUGUGUGUGUGUGUGUGUGUGUUGUGUGUGUGUGUGUGUGUUGUGUGUGUGUGUUGUGUGUGUGUGUUUUGUG